AUGAUGUGCCCACGUGCGGACAAUCGAUUCUUCUCGGCCCCACUCAAUCCCUACCCUGUGCUCUUCGUCGGCGACUCACUUGUGCUGCUGAUUCGAGUGAAAUAUGCCUUCUGGGAGUCGCAAAAGGAAAGCGACGGUAGUGCCAACCGAAGAGAUGUUCUAGUCGUUCGUCGCAUAAGCGGCUUCACAACUGCUGAAGAUCUAGUAUCCAGAUUGGAAAAGGCUAUCGAAACAGUACGGGUGGAUCUUAAAGAUCUCCGUGAGCAAAGGGACAAGCUCAUCGAAGACCGUCGCCUGAUGCAGGAACAAGAAAAGGCGUACAGGGAAAGUAUUGAAAGAGAUAAACAAAAAAUGUUGGAAGCUAAAAAAGCUAUACAAGAGAAACAAGAAGCUGACGAAAGGAAAAAACAGAAACAGAGAGAGGAAAUGGAGAGGAGAAAACUAAUUGCCUGUCAACGCGAAAAUUUGCGAUUGCAAGUGGAUGAAUCGCCUGUUUCUGGUACAACUGUCCAUGUACAGGUCAGGUUCCCGUCUGGCAAGAAGUUCUCAAAGAAGUUUGCUGUUGAUGACAGCUUAGAGAAGUUAUUUACCGCAAUACUGUGCUAUGAAAAUUGCCCAGACUUCUUCACUGUCUCUGCCGGAUAUCCUCGAACUCAAGUCAAUUGCGCUCCAGAGUGGUACUACAUAGUGCUAUCCGAACAGUUGCUUGCGGAAGGUCUGGCUCCGUACAAGUUCAAACCGCCACUGACCUUCCGUGCAGCUGGUUUCGCUAAACCAACUGGCGUCUUUGUGAAUGCUUAUGGAUCAUGA